CUCAUCACAUCACACAUCUGGAUGUAGAUGUGACAUGGAAGAUCGUAGUGAAUUGACGCCGUAUUUUAUUUUAUAAUAUUUAUAUUAAAAUUAUCGCAUACUACUAUUGUUUUGAACUCUAAUUAUACAUAGCUUUUUGAAAGUUUGAACAUUAUCUAUUAUUUCAAAGUAAUUCAUUGGGUUCAGUGUUUCAUUCCAGAUAAGUUAGCAGUUUGUUUAUUAUUCGUAUAUAUCAGAAUUAGCGCUGAUAAUUUCAAUGACUCAAAACUCAAAAGUGUUUUUAUAUAGUUUUUAUAAAUUUGUAUAAAUGUAGUGAAUUUCUAUUUGAUUCUCACUAGUAGAAAACCUUUGGUGAUAGUUAUAUUCUUAUCUCAUUUCCGCACCGAUACAUCACCGAGACUUUCACAAUGACGGGACAAUUCGAAGAGCAAGAGCGAAUGCUAGAAGAAGCAAAAGGGCUUGUUCAUGUUCAAGCAAAUCACAUGAAACGUUGUUUGGACAAGAAUAAACUGAUGGAAUCGCUGAAACACGCUUCGAAUAUGUUGAAUGAACUACGAACGUCGUUAUUGUCGCCUAAAAACUACUAUGAAUUAUAUAUAUCGAUCACGGAUGAACUCCGUUAUUUGGAAAUUUACUUAUUGGAUGAAUUUCAAAAAGGAAGACAAGUUAACGAUUUGUACGAAUUGGUGCAGUAUGCGGGCAAUAUUGUUCCUCGAUUAUAUUUAUUAAUCACUGUUGGACUAGUGUACAUAAAAUCGAAUCCAACUUUGAAGAGAGAUCUUCUCAAAGACUUGGUAGAGAUGUGUAGAGGUGUCCAGCAUCCACUUCGUGGAUUAUUCUUGAGAAAUUAUUUACUUCAGUGCACUCGUAACGUGUUACCAGACGCUCCCGAAGAAACCGGAGAUGAUCCUCAAGGAACUGUUCGAGACUCGAUAGAUUUUGUUCUGAUGAAUUUCGCUGAAAUGAAUAAACUUUGGGUACGCAUGCAACAUCAGGGACAUUCGAGAGAUAGAGAACGAAGAGAAAAAGAACGAGAAGAGCUCCGAAUAUUGGUUGGAACUAAUUUAGUGCGUUUAUCACAAUUGGAGUCGAUCACGUUAGAAAAAUAUCGCAAAGUUGUAUUGCCAGGUAUUCUGGAACAAGUUGUGAGUUGUCGUGAUCCUAUAGCUCAAGAAUAUUUAAUGGAGUGCAUCAUACAGGUGUUCCCUGAUGAAUUCCAUUUGUCUACUUUGAGUAUGUUUUUAAAGUCGUGUGAAGAACUUCACCCGGGUGUAAAUGUAAAAAAUAUUAUCAUCUUGAUGAUCGAUCGCUUGGCCAAUUAUACUCAAAACAAUCAAGACACGGAGAGUUUGCAGUUGUUCGAUAUAUUUUCUGACCAAGUUGCCUCUAUAUUGCAAUGUCGUGUUGAUAUGCCUCCCGAAGAUAAAGUUUCUCUACAAGUUGCUUUGAUAAAUUUAGCUCUCAAAUGUUACUCCGAUAGAAUAGAUUUUGUCGAUAAAGUUUUGCAAACCACUAUCGAUAUUUUUGCCAAGCUGAAAAUUGAAAAAGUUGGAUAUAAAAGCGCUGUUUCGCGAGAAUUGAAUCGUCUCAUGAAAUUACCCGUCGACUACUUUAAUAAUAUCCUUACUAUAUUAGAAUUAAAACAUUAUGGAUGUUUAAUGGAAUGUUUCGAUUACACCGGUAGAAAAACGUUAGCGUUAUAUUUGGUGAAUAACGUUUUGAAUAAUAACACGUUCAUACCGACCCAAGAAUUGGUUGAUCAAGUUUUAGUCAUGAUUUCAUCGUUAACGGAAGAUCAAUCGGAUCAGCCAAUUGUGGAAGAAGAUCCAGAAGAAUUCGCUGAAGAACAGGCUCUAGUAGCGAGGUUUAUUCAUCAGCUCAAAUCAGAAUUACCUGAUCAACAGUAUCUAAUCCUUAGUACUGCCAAGAAAUAUCUAAGUGCUGGUGGAAACAAGAGGGUCAGUUAUUCGUUACCUCCUCUGGUGUUUCAGGCAUAUCAAUUAGCUUUAAAAUAUAGUUCGUUGGCUGAUGAAGACGAAUUUUGGGAGAAGAAAUGUCAAAAAAUUUUCCAAUUCUGUCACCAAACUAUAAUGGUUUUAGUAAAAGCAGAGUUAGCCGAGUUACCUCUGCGGUUAUUUUUGCAUGGAGUGUUGACAAUUGGCCAAACCAAUUUUGAAAAUCGUGAAACGGUCGCUUACGAAUUCUUAUCACAGGCAUUUUCUCUGUACGAAGACGAAAUUUCCGAAAGUAAAUGCCAACUAGCAGCCAUCACGUUGAUAAUCGGUGUAUUCGAAAAAUUGAGCUGUUUUGGAGAAGAGAAUGCUGAACCUGUUCGUACGCAGUGUGCUUUAGCCGCUUCGAAGCUUCUCAAAAAGCCAGAUCAGUGUCGAGCUGUGGCUACAUGUUCUCAUUUAUUUUGGUCCGGAAAAACCAUUAAUAACGAACCGCUAAAAGAUGGUAAACGAGUAUUGGAAUGCUUGAAAAAAGGUUGUCGUAUUGCAAAUCAGUGCAUGGAUUCUAGCGUUCAAAUACAAUUAUUUAUAGAAUUAUUGAAUCAUUAUAUAUUUUUCUUCGAACGUGGAAAUGAGUUUGUUUCCGUGGAUAUGCUUAAUCAAUUAAUAUCAAAAAUUCGAGAUGAACUGUCAAAUUUGGAAAACAACGAUGAAACUCAGCAAAUCAGCAAACAUUUUAACAAUACGCUGUCGCACCUCAAAAAUAGAAUGGAUACUACUGAGGAAACCGUGAACUAUGAAGGUUUAGUGCUGUAAAUUUGUGAUUUCAUGUUCUUUAUUUACCUACAAAUUAUAUCCCACAAAUUUUUUAUCGAUAAUCUGCUGGCCAUAAUCGAUAGGAAAAUAUUUAAACAACAGUGUAAUUAAGAACUUUGUGAAUGAUGUGUGUGAGUGAAUGUUUACAAAUGAAUUUAUAUUUAAUUUUUUUUGUUAUAUUUAUAUUUUAUUCUUAAACUAUUCAAACUAUAUUUUGUUAAUUGUUGGUAUAUUAAAGUUUAAACUUUGUUAAAUCAUUUUUUAACCAUAUUCAAAUGUUCUAAAUCGAAAUAUAAAACAUUCAAUUUAU